AAGAUGAAGAGGAAUUGUACAUCGUACUUACGAUUUCUGGAGAUCGUAGCCCCUCUUUUUUUUUACUUCUUGUGAGCGGCAUAUUCUUCUUCCUUUCAACAACCACUUCUCUCUGUUCUGCCAAGCAAAAAUGCUGAUAACGUGUUGAAGUAUACUCAGUGGCAAAUGAGAAUUGAGAGAGAAACAAAUGACAGAACUGUUUGUAUUCCACAGAUCAUUACACUUAUAUACAAGUGAAGGGGUGUAUCCCAAGAGGUGUGUCCCUUGGGGAAAAUUGUCGCACCCCUUGGAUUGAUCACAUAUGUAAUAUUUUGUAACAAAGCUGAUGGUGUCUUGAGUGUCAAGUUAUUCUUUUCUCUGUAUCGUCGUGACAUCCUCAUCAGACAGAAAUUAAAAGGUUAGACGCUUAUGAAAAUGGUCCUACGUGUCUCCUCCUAUUUUACAGGGAAGAGAAAGAGCAAAGCAAAAAACGGGGAGGAAAAAGCACAAGCGCGUCGCUACGUUGUUUGGUUCACCCUCCGACCCACCGCACCGUCUGGAUCUUCAGUUCCACGGCCCCACCCAGCCGCGUCUGCCUGCCUACUGCCUCCUCCAGGCUCUCCAGCUGUCCGUGUCCAGCAUCCCGCACUCCGCAGCACCACUCGCCCGCCCCACACCACCACACGGCCUCCGCCCACGCGCACGGCGCACCCGUCCUGUGCUCACAUCACCACGCCACACGACGCGCUCGUCAGUCGUCACGCACCCCACGACGCCCCAACCGUCCCAAACCCAGAUCCUUCCCCGCCUCGCCACCGCCACCGCCACCGCCAAUCCACCACCAUGCCCAUGGACACCGACGAGCGCCCCCUCGUCGAGCUCGCCUCCGCUGCGGCCGCCACUACUCUCGCCGCCUCCUCCACCUCCUCCGCCCCCUUCCCCGCCCCUGCCACGCCUGGGUUCUCCCGCGCGGUCCGCUGCAACGCCCCCGCUUCCUCGCUCCCGGCCGAUGGCGGGGCCGGCGCGCAGCCGGCCUACCCGGAGAACGCGAUCUCGACAACCAAGUACACGCCCGCGAGCUUCGUGCCCAAGUCGCUCUUCGAGCAGUUCCGCCGCGCCGCGAACUGUUUCUUCCUCGUCGUCGCCUGCGUCUCCUUCAGCCCUCUUGCGCCCUACCGCGCCGUCUCCGUCCUGCUCCCGCUCGUCGUCGUCGUCAGCGCCGCCAUGGCCAAGGAGGCCGUCGAGGACUGGCGCCGGAAGCAGCAGGACAUAGAAGUGAACAAUAGGAAGGUUGAGGUGUAUGAUGGGAUCCAAUCAUUUCAUGAGACAGAAUGGAAGAAGCUUCGAGUUGGCGAUAUAAUUAAAGUUAAAAAGGAUGAGUUCUUCCCUGCUGAUCUUAUUUUCCUUUCGUCUAGCUCUUGUGAUGGAUUAUGCUAUGUGGAGACGAUGAAUCUUGAUGGUGAGACAAACUUGAAGCGGAAACAGGCAUUAGAGGUGACUAUGGGCUUGAAUGAUGACCAUUUCCAUAGUUUCAAGGCUUUCAUUCGGUGUGAGGAUCCGAAUGAGAAAUUGUAUUCUUUCUUAGGAACACUAUACUACAAUGGGCAACAAUAUUCUCUGUCUCCGGAACAGGUCCUGCUAAGGGAUUCAAAACUUCGUAAUACAAUGUAUAUAUAUGGCACCAUAAUAUUUACGGGACAUGAUACAAAGGUGAUGCAAAAUGCAAUGGAGCCACCAUCAAAGAGGAGUUCAGUUGAACGAAGAAUGGAUAAAAUAAUAUAUCUCCUUUUUGUGAUUCUCUUUGUUAUUGCAACGUUUGGGUCAAUUGUGUUUGGAAUGAGAACAAAGCAUGAGAUAAGUCCAGGAAGCUAUGCAUGGUACCUCAGGCCGGAUCAAGCAAAUAUAUUCUUUGAUCCAAACAAUGCAUCGUUUGCAGCAUUCUGCCAUUUUCUUACAAGCCUGAUGCUGUAUGUGUGCUUGGUGCCUAUUUCAUUGUAUAUAUCGAUAGAAAUUGUCAAGGUUUUACAGAGCACAUUUAUAAAUCAAGACCAGAAUAUGUAUUGCGCCGAGUCUGAUAAACCUGCAAGAGCUCGCACUUCAAAUUUGAAUGAAGAACUUGGUCAAGUCCAUACUAUACUGUCUGACAAAACAGGGACAUUAACAUGCAAUUCAAUGGAGUUCUUGAAAUGUUCCAUUGCUGGUGUUGCUUAUGGAAGUAGGCCUACAGAAGUUGAAACGUGUUAUGGAGAAAUAGUUGAAACUAAUGGCAGUUUUGGGCGCAAGGACACUACUGAAUUCAAGAGAUCAGUCAAGGGAUUUAAUUUCACUGAUAGUCAUUUGAUGAAUGGAAGAUGGGCCAAAGAAUGUUCUAGGGAUGCUAUAGAAAUGUUUUUCCGAGUCUUAGCUGUUUGCCAUACUGCGAUUCCUGUGGCAGAUGGAAAUUCUGCUGGUAUGCCUUAUGAAGCUGAGUCUCCUGAUGAAGCAGCUCUUGUUACAGCUGCAAGAGAGUUUGGCUUUGAAUUUUAUCAUAGGACACAAACAACUAUAUCAGUGCAUGAGUACGAUCCUGUCGUUGGUGGAAAGGUUGAUAGAACAUAUAAACUACUCAACAUCUUAGAAUUCAGCAGUGCUCGUAAGCGUAUGUCUGUUAUUGUGAGGACAGAAGAGGGUCGGCUAUUUCUGUUCUGCAAAGGAGCUGACAGUGUAAUAUUCGAAAGGCUCUCCAAGGAUAAUGGAACAGCUCAUCUGACCAAAACAAAGUGUCACAUUGAUGAGUAUUCUGAGGCAGGUCUCCGGACCCUGGCACUUGCAUAUUGUGAACUUACUGAAGAACAAUAUGUUGUAUGGAAUCAGGAUUACUCGUCUGCCAAGAAUUCUGUACAUACUGAUCAUGUUGCAGCUGUUGAGAAGGUGUCAGAAGACAUUGAGAAGGAUUUGGUUCUUUUGGGUGCUACUGCUGUAGAGGAUAGAUUGCAAAAUGGGGUCCCUGAGUGUAUUUAUAAACUUGCACAAGCUGGAAUUAAGAUCUGGAUUUUAACUGGAGACAAGUUGGAGACAGCUGUAAACAUAGGUUACGCUUGUAACCUACUGAGGAAAGAGAUGGAGGAAAUUUUUAUCACACUGGAGAACUCAAGUACAAGUGCUUCAGAGGGGUCCAGUGGAGAAGGAAACAAAAUUGCCACAUUUGAGGAAAUUGAUAGAAAAUUAAAAGAUGCUAGAGGAAAGAUUUCCCAAAAAGGAACUUCAACUUCAUUUGCUCUUAUCAUUGACGGCAAUGCUCUGACACAUGCUCUCACGGGCAGCCUUAAGAACUCAUUUCUGGAUCUAGCAGUCAACUGUGCAUCUGUUUUAUGUUGUCGGGUUUCACCAAAACAAAAGGCACUGGUCACCAGAUUGGUUAAAAUUAGGACAAGUAAAACUACUUUAGCUAUUGGUGAUGGAGCAAAUGAUGUUGGUAUGCUACAAGAGGCUGACAUUGGGGUUGGAAUAAGUGGUGCUGAAGGAAUGCAGGCUGUUAUGGCGAGUGACUUUGCAAUAGCACAGUUUCGUUUUUUAGAGCGAUUACUUCUUGUGCAUGGUCAUUGGUGUUAUCGUCGGAUUGCAGCUAUGAUAUGCUAUUUUUUCUUCAAGAACAUCACAUUUGGCUUUACGCUUUUCUGGUUUGAGGCUCAUGCUAUGUUCUCAGCACAACCUGCGUACAAUGAUUGGUUCAUAUCUUUCUAUAAUGUUGCCUUCACAUCUCUUCCUGUCAUCGCCCUCGGUGUUUUUGACAAGGAUGUCUCUUCCCAUGUUUGUCUUGAGGUCCCUUCAUUACAUCAAGAUGGCGUUAAUAAUGUAUUCUUCAGUUGGUCCCGAAUACUCAGUUGGAUGUUAAAUGGGAUGUGCUGUUCAAUAAUUAUUUACUUUGGUUCCCUCAACGCUAUUCUGGUUCAGGCUGUCCGACAGGAUGGUCGCGUUGCUGGGUUUGAUAUCCUUGGGGUGACCAUGUACACUUGUGUAGUGUGGACUGUGAACUGCCAGCUUGCUCUCUACAUCAGCUACUUCACCUGGAUACAACAUUUUGUCAUCUGGGGCAGCAUACUGAUUUGGUACACUUUCCUUGUCAUAUAUGGUCUAUUUUCCCCAGCAAUAUCAACCACUGCAUAUCAUGUUUUUGUGGAAGCUUGUGCACCUAGCCCUUUGUACUGGCUAUCCACUCUAAUGAUUGUGGUGACAGCCUUGAUCCCAUUCUUUGUCUACAAAAUAUCGAGAACACUCUAUUAUCCACAGUAUCAUGAUCAAGUUCAGAGGGCUAACUCAAAGAAUUGGUAGUGCCUGUUGUAUAAGAUGCUACUGAAUGAGGGGAUGUACAGUCAGUAAUUUGGUUUAACAUACCACAUGCUUUGCUUUGUAGAUCAUGAUGCAGAGGUAGUGUAUAUAAACAAAGUUGGCUGUUUAACAGAUCUUGUAUUUACGGUCUAUGCCCACAAAGUUACAGUUUCAGGUUGUGGCAGUGCGUCUGUCAAAUAUCAGAACACAAUGGUGACUUCGCAGUCACGCGAAGGAACUGCAAGCGGCAAAUUGAUUCUUUGGACCUAUUACCCCACUAGGACACGUUUUUCUUCGGGGUGCCAUCAUGGAAGCAGAUUGCAAUUAGGAUUUAUAUAGAAUGAUGUAUAGCAUGUCGAUAACUCGAACAUGACUUCCUCGAUAUAUGUAGUACUGUCUUCCAAAAAAUAGCAUUCUUGUAGCAUCAAACGGCCAAACCUAUGUUCGUGGAAGCAUAGUUAAUACCCUUUAUUGCUCCAAUGGUUUGUACAUAGUUGUAUGAAUAUAUGAGAUGGAUCUUGAUGUUGUUUAACAUUUGAUAUGAAAUGAAUAAAUGAUAUGAUGUUAUCUCUAUAA